AUGCACAAGCACCAGCACUGCUGUAAGUGCCCUGAGUGCUAUGAGGUGACCCGCCUGGCCGCCCUGCGGCGUCUGGAGCCUCCUGGCUAUGGAGAUUGGCAGGUGCCCGACCCCUACGGGCCAGCUGGGGGCAACGGGGCCAGCUCCAGUUACGGGGGCUAUAGCUCGCAGACCCUGCCCUCGCAAGCAGGGGCCACCCCCACCCCUCGCACCAAGGCCAAGCUCAUCCCCACUGGCCGAGAUGUGGGGCCAGUGCCUCCAAAGCCAGUCCCAGGGAAGAGCACCCCCAAACUCAACGGCAGUGGCCCCAGCUGGUGGCCCGAGUGCACCUGUACCAACCGGGACUGGUAUGAGCAGGCCAGCCCUGCACCCCUCCUAGUGAACCCCGAGGCCCUGGAGCCCAGCCUCUCGGUGAAUGGCAGCGACGGCAUGUUCAAGUAUGAGGAGAUAGUACUCGAACGGGGCAACUCUGGCCUGGGCUUCAGUAUUGCAGGUGGCAUUGACAACCCCCAUGUCCCUGAUGAUCCUGGCAUCUUUAUUACCAAGAUCAUCCCUGGUGGAGCAGCUGCCAUGGAUGGGAGGCUAGGGGUGAAUGACUGUGUGCUGCGGGUGAAUGAGGUGGACGUGUCGGAGGUGGUACACAGCAGGGCUGUGGAGGCGCUGAAGGAGGCAGGCCCGGUGGUGCGGUUGGUGGUUCGGAGGCGACAGCCUCCACCUGAGACCAUCAUGGAGGUCAAUCUGCUCAAAGGGCCCAAAGGCCUGGGAUUCAGCAUUGCAGGGGGUAUUGGCAACCAGCACAUCCCAGGAGACAACAGCAUCUACAUCACCAAGAUCAUUGAGGGGGGAGCUGCUCAGAAAGAUGGACGCCUACAGAUUGGGGACCGGCUGCUGGCGGUGAACAAUACCAAUCUUCAGGAUGUAAGGCAUGAGGAAGCCGUAGCCUCUCUGAAGAACACAUCUGAUAUGGUCUAUCUGAAGGUGGCCAAGCCAGGCAGCCUCCACCUCAACGACAUGUAUGCUCCCCCUGACUACGCCAGCACUUUUACUGCCUUGGCUGACAACCACAUAAGCCAUAAUUCCAGCCUGGGUUAUCUUGGGGCAGUGGAGAGCAAGGUCAGCUACCCUGCUCCUCCUCAGGUUCCCCCCACCCGCUACUCUCCUAUCCCCAGGCACAUGCUGGUGGAGGAGGACUUCACCAGAGAGCCCCGCAAGAUCAUCCUUCACAAAGGCUCCACAGGCCUGGGCUUCAACAUUGUAGGAGGAGAGGAUGGAGAAGGCAUUUUUGUCUCCUUCAUCCUGACAGGAGGCCCAGCCGACCUGAGUGGGGAGCUGCGCAGGGGAGACCGGAUCUUAUCGGUGAACGGAGUGAACCUGAGGAGUGCAACACAUGAGCAGGCUGCUGCUGCUCUAAAAAGAGCUGGCCAGUCAGUCACCAUUGUGGCCCAGUACAGACCUGAAGAGUACAGUCGCUUUGAGUCAAAGAUACAUGAUCUGCGAGAACAAAUGAUGAACAGCAGCAUGAGUUCUGGGUCUGGGUCCCUCCGGACAAGUGAGAAGAGGUCUUUGUAUGUCAGGGCCCUGUUUGAUUAUGACCGGACUCGGGACAGCUGCCUGCCAAGCCAGGGGCUCAGCUUCUCUUAUGGAGACAUUCUGCAUGUCAUUAAUGCCUCUGAUGAUGAGUGGUGGCAGGCAAGGCUGGUGACCCCACAUGGAGAAAGUGAGCAGAUCGGCGUCAUCCCCAGUAAGAAGAGGGUGGAAAAGAAAGAGCGAGCUCGAUUGAAAACUGUCAAAUUUCAUGCCAGGACAGGGAUGAUUGAGUCUAACAGGGACUUCUCUGGGUUAAGUGACGAUUAUUAUGGAGCAAAGAACCUGAAGGGAGUGACAUCCAACACCAGUGACAGCGAAAGCAGUUCCAAAGGACAAGAAGAUGCUAUUUUAUCAUAUGAGCCAGUGAUACGGCAAGAAAUUCACUAUGCCAGGCCCGUGAUCAUCCUGGGCCCAAUGAAGGACCGAGUCAACGAUGACCUGAUCUCUGAGUUCCCACAUAAAUUUGGAUCCUGUGUGCCACAUACUACUCGGCCUCGGCGUGAUAAUGAAGUGGAUGGACAAGACUACCACUUUGUAGUGUCCCGGGAACAGAUGGAGAAGGAUAUCCAGGACAACAAGUUCAUUGAGGCAGGCCAGUUCAAUGAUAAUCUCUAUGGGACCAGCAUCCAGUCAGUGCGAGCAGUUGCAGAGAGGGGCAAGCACUGCAUCUUAGAUGUUUCCGGCAAUGCUAUCAAGAGACUACAGCAAGCACAACUUUACCCCAUUGCCAUUUUCAUCAAGCCCAAGUCCAUUGAAGCACUUAUGGAAAUGAACCGACGACAGACAUAUGAGCAAGCAAAUAAGAUCUAUGACAAAGCCAUGAAACUGGAGCAGGAAUUUGGAGAAUACUUUACAGCCAUUGUACAGGGUGACUCACUGGAAGAGAUUUAUAACAAAAUCAAACAAAUCAUUGAGGACCAGUCUGGGCACUACAUUUGGGUCCCAUCCCCUGAAAAACUCUGAAGAAUCCCUUCCAACCAUUCUCUUGUGAACAGAAGAAAUCAAGUCCCUCUUCCCUCCUCCCUCUUCAUUCCUGUCCCCAUGGGGAGAACAAAUGACUACUGUUCUUGUCCCCUUUUUUGAGAUAUGUCAAAAAUUGAGUUUUCUAGUCCUGUUCUUUUGUUUCCUUUUUUUAAAAAAAUUGGUUUUGUUUUAGUUUAUUUUUUGGGAUGAUGCCAUCUCACUCAUCAUGUGACUGUGCCCAUUCCUGCAUGGACCUUUCCCAAGCG